AUGGCCUCGGAGCUGCAUCAAAGACAGAGCCAUGCCAGACGCCAGGCCGAUAUAGACUCGGACAGCGAAGACAGAGAGGAUGAGAAAGUUUUGGAACAACUAGGAUACACACCGGUAUUGCAUCGAUCGCUGAAUGCCUUUCAGAACUUUGCGACAAGCUUUGCUGCUCUGUAUUUUAUUGGCGGCGUUCGCGUCACGUUUUCCACUGGCAUUGCCGCCGGGGGUAACCUGGCUUACUGGACGAGUUUCAUCGUGACGUGCGUCUUCACAUUCAUCACCGCGGCUGUCAUUGCUGAGAUAUGCUCGUCCCUCCCCCUUGCUGGGUCCAUCUACCUCUGGGCUGCUGAAGCCGCUGGUCCUCGAUAUGGGCGUCUGUUUGGCUAUGUCGUCGCGUGGUGGAGUACAAUGGCAUGGACUACGUUUUGCGCAAGUAAUACCCAGGCUGCUGUCAAUUAUAUGCUAUCGGAAAUCACGGUAUUUGAACUCGACUUUCCAUCGGACAGCUCUAGUAUAAAGUUUCGCGCAGUGCAGUGGAUUGCCACCGAGUUUAUGCUGGCAUUUGCUGCCAUCUGGAAUCUGCUGCCUCCGAAAUACUUUAGGUGGAUAUUCUAUCUAUCCACAGGGUCUGUUCUGCUCGACUUUGUCCUGAACUUGGUCUGGUUACCCAUCGCAACCAGCAAGACAUACGGGUUCCGCUCGGCACACGAUGCAUUCAUGACCACGUACAACGGCACGGGGGCUCCCGCGGGCUGGAACUGGUGCCUGUCAUAUCUCGCUACAGCAGGUAUCCUGAUUGGGUUUGAUGCUUCUGGUCAUGUCGCCGAGGAGACAAAGAACGCCAGCCUGUCCGCGGCAAGAGGCAUCUUCUGGAGCACCGUUGCCAGUGGUCUAGGUGGAUUUGUAGUGGUCAUUCUCUUCUUGUUCUGCGUUCCGGACGCCAACACCCUCUUCUCGUUUGGCGGCGCUCAGCCGUUCGUGCCCCUAUACGCUGCUAUUCUGGGCGAUGGCGGACAUAUCUUCAUGAACAUCAUCUGCAUCAUUGCAUUGUGGUUUAACACGGCGAUUGCAGUUCUCGCUGCGUCGCGUUUGGUGUUUGCUGUUGCGAGGGACGGUGUCCUGCCCUUCUCACCAUGGGUGUCCAAGAUGGUCAACGGCCAGCCCCGCAAUGCUGUCCUCGUUGUCUGGGGAAUCGCAGCAAUCGUUACCUGCACAAUCUUGCCGUCAGCUGUCGCAUUCACCUCACUGGUCUCGGCUUCCGGAGUGCCUUCCGCGGCUGCAUAUGGGCUGAUUUGCUUGGGUCGCCUUUUCCUGACGCCGAAAAGGUUUCCCAAGCCCGCAUGGAGCCUCGGCCGCCUGAGUAAGCCAUUCCAGGCCAUUUCCGUGCUGUGGAACGGAUGGGUCGUCGCCGUUUUGUACUCGCCGUAUGUGUUCCCCGUCACGGCCGACACGCUCAACUACGCCCCAGUGAUCAUGGCCAUUGUUACCAUCUUCGCACUUUUGUCGUGGUGGUUUAUCCCGCCUGAGAGGUGGCUUCCAAGCAAGCGGAUUCAAGAGACGCUUGAUGGAGGAGAAGGGAGCAAUGAAGGCAUUGGGUCGCCACAGCAUAGAAAUAUUGUAGAGUAA